GCGCUGCUAUGCCAACACGUCGACAUGGAGAAGAUAAACAGUCGCUUGUUGACGUUGUGUACAUCUGAACUGGGCGUGUAAAUGCUCGUAAAACACACCAUUUCCCGCCGUCUUUACUACAUUAACUUGUACUUUAUUGAUGCUCCAUUGCUGAGGGAGAAGCUCAUGGUCGUGACAACAUGGACAGUGGCCUGAGUCCCCAGGAUAAAAAGGACUUGGACAAGUUCAUUAAGUUCUUUGCCUUGAAGACCGUCCAGGUGAUUGUCCAAGCGCGUCUUGGAGAGAAGAUCUGCACUCGCUCGUCCUCGUCGCCUACUGGCUCUGAUUGGUUUAAUUUGGCCAUCAAAGACAUCCCAGAGGUGACUCAUGAAGCCAAGAAGGCACUGGCGGGCCAACUUCCAGGCAUCGGACGCUCCAUGUGUGUCGAGAUCUCCCUGAAGACGUCAGAGGGUGACUCGAUGGAGUUAGAGACAUGGUGCCUGGAGAUGAAUGAAAAGUGUGAUAAGGACAUCAAGGUGUCAUAUACAGUCUACAACCGUCUGUCUGUCCUUCUGAAGUCCCUGCUGGCCAUCACCAGAGUAACACCCGCCUAUAAACUAUCCAGAAAGCAGGGACACGACUAUGUCAUAUUAUACAGGAUUUACUUCGGGGAAGUCCAGCUGAGUGGGUUAGGAGAAGGUUUUCAGACGGUGCGUGUCGGCGUCGUCGGCACCCCCGUUGGCACAGUCACACUUUCAUGUGCUUACCGCACCAACCUGGCGUUCAUGUCCAACAGACAGUUUGAGCGGUCGGCUCCCAUCAUGGGGAUCAUCGUGGAUCACUUUGUGGAUCCUCCCUGCGGCAGCCAGCGUCCUGCGACCAUGGGACACCCCUGCAACUACAGAGCUCCAGAUGAGGAGGACGGAGGAUAUCCAGGGGUUCAGGACUCACAGGAGGUCUGCACCACCUCCUUCUCCACCUCCCCACCGUCACAGUGUGUGUGCACACUGAGUCCUUCGCCCUCUAAACUGUCUAAGCCCCUCCCUCUGGACAGUCUGCCGCUGCCACUGGCUCCUGGACUUGUCACUCACACUCUGUAUGCUUCCAGGUUAUCAUAUCAUCCUCCAGCUCCAGCAGGAGCUGCUGAGCUUCAUCACCCUGCUGCAAACCAGGCGUUGCAUGCUGGGAAGGAGCACGGAGGGGUUGUGUUGGUUCCCACCCAGCCUCCUCAUGGAGCUGAUGCUCAUCUGGCAGCGGAGCCCGCCGCCAACACACCUGGCAGCAGCGGUGACGAUGACGGCCUGACGCACAGUGGAGAAAGAAGGAGGGAUGAAGUGAGGAGGAGCGCUUCUCCCUCUGACCCCGUGGAGUCUCUCAACGCAUUCACGAGGAAGAUCGGAGCCUUUGUCAAUAAAUCCAACACACCGAUAACAGCAGCCAGUCUGGACCUGCCGUUCGCUGCAUUUGCUCCUCGAGGCCUGGACUCCGAGGAGAACGAUCCCAUGGUGCAGCCUCCAGACUCUCCUCCUUGCCCGUCACCCCUGCAGGCCAGCCUCCACUCUCAGGGCUCAGAGGGAUCGGGGCCGCAGGACGACUUUGUCAUGGUCGACUUUCGUCCAGCCUUCUCUAAAGACGACUUGUUGCCGAUGGAUCUGGGCACUUUCUACAGAGAGUUUCAAAACCCCCCUCAGCUGGCCAGCCUCUCGCUACACAUCAGCGCCCAGUCGAUGGCCGAUGACCUGGACUCGCUGCCGGAGAAACUGGCCGUUUAUGAGAAAAACAUCGACGAGUUUGACGCUUUCGUGGACAUGCUCCAAUAGAAGAGGACGACAUGUGAGAAAAAAGACUAAAUGGAUGGUGGCAAGUGAAACAGAAAAACCCAGAAUGAAAGGGAGAAGCAGACUCUGUAGUCGUUUGUCCUGUGAGAAUCAGACUAAAUCACCGUAUUUUAAUGUGAAGCUCCUCAUUUUCUGACAUCUUCCUCUCUUCCCUUCCCGUCAGGCUCGUUCACCUUCACCUUCGCUUGUACAGAUCACUGUAAAUACUGUAUCAUCUCCUCCGAACACCCCCUCUCUGGUCUGGUAGUGUUAACUUAAAAAAGUCUUUAUUUUCUAUGUGGCACGAAUCUGCUCACGCCGUCAGUGUUUAAUCAGGAUUUCAAUCAAUUCUGUCUCUUUAGACAGCCAUGCAAUUCACGGACAGACUACCUGCACGCACACUGAACACUACUAGUACUUCCUCUACAUACAUCACGGCCUUCCUGAUCAUGUCCGAGCUAGAAGGUGAAGGAUCAGUGACUCUAGAAAUCAAAACCGAUACUCUCUUUCUUCAAGGCUGAAAUCUUGAAAAGCUGGUCUUAGCAAAUUAAAUUGCACAUAGCCUUACAGAGGAAACAAAACCUAAUUAAGUCCUCAUUCACAGUCUCACGAUUGACAGUCUUGUAUCAGAAGCAGUUGCGGGUUGCUCAAAAGCAACUUGGAGGUUACCCUAGCCAGGUGUUCCCAGCUGGUCUGGGGAUUUAAACUGUCAAUGUCAACAAAUGGCCCCAAUGGAAUUUAAAGUGAAUUAAAUGAUGUCCAUACGUGUACAGAAAAAAAAUUUUUCCACGCUGAAGCUACUUGUUGUGUAGCUCCACUCCGUUGCCAGUUUUCUAGUGUUAUACUGCAGUAGUUGUAGCUACCUGACAGACUGGCAGCGGAGUGGAUUUACAACACGCAUGUGUAUAUUUUGGGGGGUUUUGUAAAAAGUGGGAUAAACACAUUUCCAGCUGUCUACAGAAGGGGGCCGGGGUCACCAUCCAUGACUGUCAGAGUUUGGUUGAAAGCUUUAAUUUAAACGUUUCUUUGCUGUUGGUCUAGAUGUCCUAAUAAAGCAUGGCUGCUCUGUUGAAACAACUGAGGUCUGUCAAAUGACUGGAGCCACAGAAAUGAUGGCGUGUACACCAUUUAUCACACAAACUGGUAUGUGUAAGGUUUUCUAGAGUAGUUGUUUUCAAUGUAGAAAUGAUGAUGUGGAUAAUGUCAAAGGCUUACACCUUAUAGCCAUCAGGCGAUUAGUUUAACAGACUGGAAACGACUAAAAACCUAUAACGUCCAGUGACUUCCAGGAGUCUCUUUCAUUAUCGAUUAAUCUGCCAAUUAAUUUCUAGACUGAUUGUUUGGUCUAUAAAGUCAGAAUAGUGAAAAAUGUCCAUCCCAGUUUCUCAAAGUCCAAUGUGAUGUCUUUAAAUGUCUUGUUUUGUCCAAAACCCAAAGAUAUGUCUAUAUUUGAGAGGUUGAAAACAGCAUUUUCUGCCAUUUUUGCAAGAAAAAUUACGUCAACAAUUAAUUAUCGAAAUAGUCGCAGAUUAAAUUAAAAUCACUGGGUCUUUA